AUGGCUGCCCCGGGGGCCUCCACGGAGGCCGCCCUGCCCCCCGGCCUGGUCAGCCGCGGCCCGGGCCGGCAGCGGUACGGCGUGCUGAGGCAGCUGCUGCAGCUGUGGGCCGUCUACACGUGGAUCGGGUGGCUGCUCACGCUGACCCUGGCGGGCGCCGCCCUGCUGGUGUUGCCCCGGCCGGCGCAGGUGGCGCUCGCCGGCGUGCUGGUGGCGGGCGCCGUGCUGCCGCUGCCGGACAGCGGCAAGGAUCGGCUGCCCCCGCGGCUCGCCCAGUUCGGCAACCUGCUGAUGGUCCUGGCCGCCGAGUACUUCUCCCUGCAGGUCCAGAUGUCGUCCGAGGCGGACGCGGCCUUCGAGCGGCUGCGCACCGAGGACAGGCCGGUGGUGAUCUCGGGGACCUCACGGCGUCAUCCCCUUCAGCAUGUUCUUCAGCCACCCCGCUUGCAACACGCUGGCCCCGACGACCAGGACAGAGGGAUGGGGGCGCGCGCCCUGAUGUCGUCGAUCCUCUUCCUGCCACCAGGCAUGCGGCACGUGUACAAGAGCGUGUGCGCUGCGUCCGCGGACAAGAAGGAGAUGUACAGACUCUUGGACAAGGGCAUCUCUUGUUCCUUGAUCCCUGGUGGCGUUUCCGAAGUGGCGCUGCUUGACAAGGGUUCCGACAAUGACAUCUAUUUGUUCUUGAAAUCGCGGCUCGGCUUCGUCAAGAUAGCCUUGGAGAAGGGUUGUCCAAUCGUGCCGGCCUUCUGCUUCGGCAUUUUAGACGCCUACUCGUGGUGGAUCCCACCAGGCAAAUUGACCCAGACCAUCGGACGCAAGACAGGUUUCUUGCCGAUGGUGUACUUUGGGGCCUUCGGAGUGCCGCUGAGUAUCACAGAAGACCCAGUCCCGCUGACCGUGGUCGUGGGGGAGCCUAUCCACGGCCCGCCGCUGCCCACCGCGCCCUCCGGCUGCGAGCCGGGGACUGCCCUGUCGGAGCAGCAGAAGGAGGCCCUGAAGAGCGAGGUCGAUGCCAUCGUGCGGGCCACGCACGCCGCGUAUGUGGAGGCAAUGGUCGCCCUCUUCGAGACCCACGCGGCGGCUGGGCGCCGGCGACAAGACGCUGCACAUCGAGUGAGCCGGGGGCAGCGGAAGGGGGGGGAUAGGCACAACUCCGUUGUUGGUGGGUGCAGGGUUCGGAUGCCGCCACCUGCCGAUCCCGCCGAGCUCCUCGCCCGCAGACUUCUGAAUUCGGGCGAGCUGGGGUCACAUGCCCGAGCUGGGCCGUGCUCGCCGGAGCUGUGCUCGUCCUCGUCUGCCCGUCCUUCUUUUGGCAGCCCCGCUGUGUGCCUACUUCCCCCUUUCCCG